AUGAGACGGGGCAGCACGCCAAAGGGCAGAGACAAGCAAACGGGAGUGGUGAAGCUUGCCCUGGCGUACCUGGCACUAAGCGCUAGCUCCCGCGGUGCCCAGCUGAGAAGAGUGGCAUUGAGCACCGGUGUCAGGCACGACACUGCGGGCAUGGCUAAGCCCAACAUGACAUCUCAACUUCUCAUCGUUGGCGUAUCCACUAUCGUCCGCUGUCCAAGUUCACACAGCAAGUUGCAACGGGGUGGGCUUUAG